AUGAAUUACCCACUGCCUGCUACAGCUGAGGUCCUCCGAAAGCGAAUAAAAGAGAUGAUACCUGAGACGAGACCUGCCGAUAGCAAGUCUCCUGUAGCGACUAUACUCGCGGAGGAUGACAAUGGGAGCACGAGAUAUGGGGGUAAGGAACUCCACAAUCUGGUCUCAGGUUUGGUUAAGGAAAUGAACAUUGGGAGGGGCUGGGGUUGGAACCUGGGACAUUUCCGGGAAUCUCAACCUAUAAUAAACGACCUCUCACGGAUGUAUAUCGUACCGCUUUGCGAUAAUACAAGUAUAACGCCUGGAGGCCCUCUAAGGGAAGGGUUUUAUACAUAUAUUACGGAUAGUCCCUCAGUCAGCUCAAACGCAACCGCCAUAUUUAUUGCUCCAAUAUGA